UUUAAAUUAAAGUUAACAGUGGUUUGGUUACAUAUCAUCCGAAUACGAGGCACAAUGGACUUAACAGCAUUGUUUUUGUGCCUCCUAUUUAGCGGCUUGGCUCUUUCUUUCUCUAUUACCUGUAAUAUGGAGGGAACCAGUGCAGAAGUUUUGAAAGCUUGCCGAUUUUUCGCCAAAGAAAAUGAAAAGCUGCGGGAACGUAAUAAUGCAGAGUUUAGCGCUGCCUAUGCCUAUAGCACCAAUAUGACUGAGGAGAAUAACCGAGCCAUGCUUGCAGCUUAUGCGGAAAGUGCGGCCGCUAAGAAACUCCUGGCUCAGGCCUGCAAGGAGGGAAACUAUGCAAACUCCAUGGACACAGGUGUGCGACGGCAGGCGAGAAUUCUGCAGGAUUUGGGCAUGGAUGCUCUGAAUGCUGAUGAUUUUUUGAAGCUAAAGAGCAUUAUUAGCGCAAUGCAGUCCAACUACGCUACCACCAAUGUGUGCUCAUUUAGAAACGAAAGCGAUUGCUCGCUUACUCUGGAGCCACAUAUACAAGAGCGGCUGGCAAACAGGCGCGAUCCCGCCGAGCUGGCAUGGUACUGGCGUGAGUGGUAUGACAGGACUGGCAAGCCUAUGCGUAAAAACUUUGCCGAAUACGUGCGACUUACGCGAAAGGCUGCCCAACUUAACGGCUAUCGAUCGUGGGCGGACUAUUGGCUACAUUUUUACGAGGAUGACGAUUUUGAGCGUCAGCUGGAUAUUACGUUCAAGGCAGUCCUGCCAUUUUACAGGCAGCUCCACGGCUAUGUAAGAUAUCGCCUACGCGAACACUAUGGGGCUGAUUUGGUACCAGCCGAGGGGAACAUUCCAAUGCAUUUGUUGGGAGAUUUGUGGGGGCAGUCAUGGAACGAGCUGGUGGACUUAUUCACACCGUACCCUGAAAAACCGUUCUUGGACGUCACCUCGGAAAUGGAACAUCAGCAUUACAGUGUGCGAAAACUUUUCGAACUGGGCGAUCAGUUUUUCCAGUCCUUGGGAAUGCGCGCCCUGCCUCAGAGUUUUUGGAAUCGGAGUGUGCUAACGAGACCGACAGACCGUGAGGUUGUUUGCCAUGCCUCUGCAUGGGACUUUUACCAAGACAGCGAUGUGCGCAUCAGCAUGUGCUCCGAAGUGAAUAGUCACUAUCUGGCCAUUGGGCAUCACGAGCUGGGACACGUACAAUAUUUUUUGCAAUAUGAACAGCAACCGACUGUUUUUCGGGGAACACCCAAUCCUGGCUUUCAUGAGGCUGUGGGUGAUGUUAUAGGUUUGUCUGUCAUGUCCUCUAAGCACUUAAAAGCGCUUGGGUUGACCCGCAACGCUCGUCUCGACGAAAAGAGCCGCAUUAAUGAGCUUUUCAAGAAGGCGCUCGCAAAGAUUUCGUUUCUACCAUUUAGUUACACUUUGGAUAAGUGGCGCUUUGCUGUCUUUCGUGGCGAAUUAGACGAAUCGCACUGGAACUGCGGCUUUUGGCAGAUGCGGUCGAAGUUUGGUGGCGUCGAGCCCCCAAUUGCUCGCAGUGACAGCGAUUUUGAUCCAACAGCUAAGUUUCACAUAAAUGCCGAUGUAGAGUACUUACGCUACUUUGCAUCAACCAUAUUCCAGUUUCAGUUCCAUAAGGCGCUCUGUCGCCAAGCUGGGCAAUACGUUCCGGGUGACAGUCGCCUCACACUCGACAACUGCGAUAUAUUUGGCAGCAAGGCGGCGGGUAAAGCGUUCAUGGACUUUUUGUCAGCAGGAAAUUCAAGGCAUUGGAAGGAAGUGCUCAAGGAUUUCACUGGUGACACCCAAAUGGAUCCGGCGGCACUUCUUGAGUAUUUUUAUCCGCUAUAUCAAUGGCUCAAACAGGAAAACAGACGGCUGGGAGUACCUUUGGGUUGGAAGGAGACGAACAAAAUUCCUUCCACCUGCAGUGGACUUAGCACUUAGUAUGCUAUCUAGAGCACGUAUAAUUAAAUGAC